UCACACUCCCAUUUCCACUCCAUACAGUAUUGACGUGGAGUGAAAUUAACAGUCUUUCAAGUCAUGGGCUAGUUUCUUCCGUCAGAGUAGUUCCAGCCCCCAGCAUUACUGAGAGUUUUCCUGGUAGCUUUCGAAGACAUGCUGCAGAAAGUAACCACGGCUAAACAUACGCAGCUCAAGAACAAGGCUUUUUCUAAAGCGCAACGGUAAUUUAAGAUGAAAUCAUUUUUUAUUGUUUGAGGAUAAGGCACCACAGCAACCAAAUAAAUUUAGGCUGUUGCAACCCAAGAUUUGUGCAGAGAGCUGUCCCUCAACCGAUUCAAGAUAAAAUUUUCCCAAUUGGUUGUGCCAUACUGGGUUCUCCAGCAUUUUCAACCCGAUGUCCAUGAAACCACAUGAAGACACUCUGGGGAGGACUUUCUGUUCCAUAGACCGAGUGAAUUCCACAUCCACUCGCUUCAGUUUGCUUUGCCCCGUCUUUUAAUUCUGCUUUCGGACUGAAAUGAAGAAGGUAGUGUACUGGUCUUCAGAAGAGGUGUCCAGCUGGCUGGCAGAGGAAGGCAUGCCGGAAUACUCUGAUUCCUUCCAGCGUCUGAACGGCAAGGACUUGCUGAGGCUGACCGAGGCUGACUUCAAGAAGCCCCCUCUGUCUCUGGUCUGCUCGGACAAUGGGCAGCAACUGCUCAACAAGAUCAAGACGCUCAACAUUGAGCACCACAUUGAAGCCCACAAGAAUGGGCACGCCAAUGGGCACCUGAUCAAGGGCAAAAAUGGGGACAGCAGCAGCAGCAAAGCCAAACGCAAUGGCAUGCCCAACGGCUUCCGCAAUGAGAUGGUACAGAUCCACAUGCCGAUGCCCGAGAAAUCACACUUUCCCAUGGAGUGGGGCAAGACGGCCUUGGCCUUCAUCUAUGCACUUUUCUGUUUUGUCUUCACAACGGUCAUGAUCUCUGUGGUCCAUGAGCGAGUGCCUCCUAAGGAGGAAACCCCUCCGUUGCCCGACAAGUUCUUUGACAUUUUUGACCGGGUGGAGUGGGCAUUCUCUAUAUGCGAGAUUAAUGGCAUGAUUCUUGUGGCACUGUGGCUCAUUCAGUGGACUUUAUUAAAAUACAAAUCCAUUAUUGGCCGGCGUUUCUUCUUUAUUGUCGGCACGCUCUACCUGUACAGGUGUAUCACAAUGUAUAUCACAACACUCCCUGUGCCUGGGGUGCACUUCCAGUGUUCUCCAAAGCUGCUUGGAGACUGGGAAGCUCAGAUGAGGAGAGUAAUAAAAAUGAUUGCAGGUGGUGGGCUUUCUAUCACAGGGUCACACACCAUGUGUGGGGAUUACCUGUAUAGUGGGCAUACGGUCAUUUUAACACUCACCUACCUAUUUAUUAAAGAGUAUUCUCCCAGGCGGUUCUGGUGGUAUCAUUGGAUCUGCUGGUUUCUCAGUGUUGUUGGGAUCUUCUGUAUUCUGCUAGCCCACGACCACUACACUGUGGAUGUGGUGGUGGCAUACUACAUCACUACUCGACUUUUUUGGUGGUACCACACCAUGGCCAAUCAGCAAAUCCUAAAAGAAGCCACCAAUACAAACUUUUUUUCCCAGGUCUGGUGGUACAGUGCUUUCCAGUACUUGGAGCAGAAUGUCAGUGGAACUGUACCUCGCAACUACCAGCUGCCCUUUCCCUGGCGAGCGACCCCAUUCAGUAGAAAUGUGAAAUAUACUCGGCUAGACACAUAACGAUGGCAAGAGGACUGAAGGACUGCCCAGGAGGCUCUGAAGUCACAGCGGUAUUGGGGAUGAUAUGGAAAGACCGCCUGAAGUGCUACAAUCUCGUCACGAGAAGAUGCCACAGUGAAUUCCUUGCUAAUCCUUAGUUUAAUGUUCAUUUUUGACUUGUUCCAGUAAAACUGGUUAGCACUGUGAUUUUUAUUUCCAAAGGAUUCGUUUUUGGACAGACAUUUAGAACAUGCGUUGCAUUGUACAGACAGUUCUGAUGAUUUUGUAUUUUGCCAUUAGCCAAAACCUUGCUUCUUUGUAAAUCUGUCAACUUUAAAACUUGAUUUUAUUUUGUGACAAAUUUUGUGUCUCCAUUCUUAUCUGGAUAAAAAUGGGGUUUCUUAACUACAAAAAAAAAAUAAAAAAUAUAAAUAUAUGUAUAUAUACCUUUCAUACAAGAGUCCCAGUGAUUGGGCUGUAAGCCUUUUCCAAACAAGGUCUACACUAUGUACAAGAACAUGUUGCCUGUAUAAGAUCGCAGUGUAUUUUGAAAUUCUGUGUUAUCAAUGUGGCAGGCGUGACUUGUUGUGGAAAUUUUUUUUUUUUUUUUUUUUUUUUAAGCAAUCAGCCUCACGAGACAAAGAAAAGGUUCAAAAGUCAUUUUUCUAAAGUAUUUUACACGUUUAUUUUUCAAACAAAUGAUGAAUGGUGUGUAAAGAAAAUCAAAUGGACUUUUAGAUUUUUACAUUUUGUUAAGAAAGCAAAUGGGGGGGGAUCGUAUGUUCUCUUUUCUAGUGCCUUGUCUUGAUUGUACAUGUCAGA